UUAUCAGUGUAGAAAGAAGAAAGAGAAAAAAAGAAUGGAGGAAAUAGGGUUUCUGGGGAUUGGUAUUAUGGGAAAAGCAAUGGCGGUGAACUUGCUGCGCCAUGGUUUCAAGGUUACUGUUUGGAAUCGCACUCUCUCCAGGUGUGAUGAGCUAGUGCAACAUGGAGCCUCUGUUGGAGAAACUCCUGCAGCAGUAAUCAAGAAAUGCAAGUAUACAAUUGCAAUGUUGUCUGAUCCAGCUGCAGCUCUUUCAGUGGUUUUUGACAAACACGGAGCACUUGAGCAGAUAUGUGGUGGAAAGGGCUAUAUAGACAUGUCAACCGUUGAUGCUGAUACAUCUUCACAGAUUAGCCAGGCCAUUACAUCAAAGGGUGGUUCUUUCCUUGAAGCUCCAGUUUCAGGGAGCAAAAAGCCAGCUGAAGAUGGCCAACUAGUAAUCCUAGCAGCUGGUGACAAGGAUCUGUACGAUCAAGUAGUACCUGCUUUUGAUGUCUUGGGAAAGAAAUCUUUUUUCUUGGGACAGAUUGGGAAUGGAGCAAAAAUGAAACUUGUUGUUAAUAUGAUAAUGGGCAGUAUGAUGAAUGCGUUUUCGGAAGGAAUUGUAUUGGCUGACAAAAGUGGAUUGGACCCUCAUACCCUUCUUGAUGUGUUGGAUCUUGGAGCCAUUGCUAACCCAAUGUUCAAAAUUAAAGGACCUGCCAUGAUAAAAAAUAGCUACCCACCUGCAUUUCCUCUGAAACAUCAGCAGAAGGACAUGAGGUUGGCUCUUGCACUCGGAGAUGAGAAUGCAGUGCCAAUGCCAGUCGCAGCUGCUGCAAAUGAGGCAUUCAAGAAGGCAAGGAGCUUGGGCUUGGGAGACCACGACUUUUCAGCUGUGUUCGAGACUCUCAGCAAAUGAGUCAGGCGUACUAUUAUAAUAGCAAUAAAAUCUUGGAGAUCAUUGCUGAGUCCUUGUUGUCUCUCUAAAAUAGUAAUUAACUAGCAUGGAAAUCCUUCCUACGAACUUUUUAAGUACUUGCAAAUGUGAAAAGAACUCUUUCAACGUGAGAAUUUAUAAGCCCUCUUCUGUUGGCUUUGAAAGUAGAUUUAAGGUUCAGAUAGAAAAGACAUUAUUCGUUGAGAAAUUUUAAAUAACCAUUUGCCAAGUUAACUUAAA